AUGGCCUCCCCACCCUAUUUUAAAAGAGCUCCUCCCGGAACGCCGGAACGGAGCCCUGGCCCGGCUGCCCCGCUCCCGGCGAGGUGGGCUUCCCACCAGCCGCCCAAGCUGCUGGUAAUUACCGAGGGAGUUCCCGUGUCGGAUGCAACCCGAUGGACGGCUGGUGAGGGGGUGCGGGACAAAGGCUGCCGGUCGGGGCGAUCGGGACGUCGGAGAGGAGAGCAGUGCUGGCGAUCCCGCCGGCGGUCUCCGUCCGCGGAAACCAGGGCCCAGCCGGCCGAGGUGGGGGAGGCCGGACUCUGGCCGCAGGACCCCUGCCUCUCCCAGAGGGCUGAGUCCCGACCGCCUCUCGUUCCACUCAGCUCGCCGCCGGGAGGGUUGGGACACCCAGACCUGUGCAAGUCACUUACUCCCUCCGGGGCAGGCUGGCCUCAGUCAGUGACAAUGUCCAGCCCUACCGACAGCAGCCAAGAAGAGCCCCGGGUCCACUUUGGAACUCCCAAGCGCUGA